AUGCUGCCGAUAGGAGCCAUAAUAGCAAGAUACUUGAAAGUGUUCAAAUCAGCAGAACGUGCUUGGUUUUACCUUCACGUCAUUUGCCAAACCUCUGCCUACAUCGUUGGUGUUGGUGGCUGGGCCUAUGGUCUCAAACUCGGCCAUGACUCUGUUGCUGUUGAGUAUGGCACCCAUAGAGCUCUUGGCAUCACCAUCUUCUGCCUUGGAACUCUACAGGUGUUUGCUCUGUUUUUGAGGCCAAACAAGGAUCAUAAAUAUAGAAUCUUCUGGAAUUUCUACCACUACUUGGUGGGAUACGCCACAAUAAUCAUCAGCAUUGUGAACAUAUUUAAAGGCCUCGAUGCACUUGUGAACUCUUGUGGAGAUCGUUAUGAAAACUGGAAAAGUGCAUACAUUGGGGUUAUUGCAUGUCUUGGUGGAAUUGCUGUGUUGUUGGAAGUUUACACUUGGAUCAUUGUGUUGAAGAGGAAAAGAUCAGAGGCCAUUCCAAAUGGGGUUAAUAAUAACGGGGUUAAUGGGGGUUAA